AUGACUCGUUACUUCUGUUGUGGAAGCUACUUCCCAGGCUAUCCUUGCUACGGAACCAACUUCCACGGAACCUACAGAGCCACUCCCCUGAACUGCGUGGUGCCUCUGGGCUCUCCCCUGCAGCAUGGCUGCUACAGCUCCAUGGCCUACGGCCCCUGUGGGAACAACUUCACCAACAACAUGUGCUACGGCCGCAGCUUUGUCCGGCCAUGGGGCCAUAACUCCGGCUUCGGCUACAGUACCUACUGA